UGGGCUCCUGAAAGGCAGCUCAACUAAAAAGUGAGCUAGACGCACAGUGAGACACUCGGCAGAGCUGCUGCACAUUCAAAAUAGAGGGAGAGGGAGGGAAGAGAGAGAGAGAGAGAGAGAGAGAGACAGGGAGGGAGAGAGAAGGAGAGUCAGGGACAGGCAGUGCUGAAAAGGAGAGCACAAAGAGAAGGAAAGUGGAGCAGGGGAGGGGAACAGGAGGCUGGGUGAAGGGAGAGGGAAAGACAAAAGAAGGAGAGGGGAGACUUCGCAGGGUGAACGGAGGGGACUGAGCAAAUGGCUACGGAGGAGACGGCGGGGGGAGCCAGGAAAGCCACCAAGAGCAAACUGUUUGAGUUCCUGGUCCAUGGAGUGCGUCCUGGCAUGCCGUCUGGAGCGAGGAUGCCCCACCAGGGUGCUCCCAUGGGCCCCCCCGGCCCACCGUACGGAGGGAGCCCCGCUGUGCGGCCCGGCCUACCCUCCCCGGUGAUGGAGCCCAGUCGCAAGAGGCCCGCCCCCUCCCAGCAGGUCCAGCAGCAGCAGCAGCAGCAGAAUCAGCAGCAGCAGCAGCAGUCCGUCCAGAACCGGGCCAGAAAGAAGCCGGUCGGAUUCCCUGGAGCCAAUGAGAUGCCGGCGAGGCAGAUGGACAUGAGAGAGCCCCAAUCAGAUCCCACGCUCGGAUCAAAUGCUAAGAGAAGGAAAAUGGCAGACAAGAUUCUUCCGCAAAGGAUCCGUGAGCUGGUGCCGGAGUCUCAGGCCUACAUGGACCUGCUGGCCUUCGAGCGCAAGCUGGACCAGACCAUCAUGCGCAAACGUGUGGACAUCCAGGAGGCGCUGAAGAGACCAAUGAAGCAGCAAAAGCGUAAACUGAGGCUUUACAUAUCCAACACCUUCAACCCCGCCAGACCCGACGCCGAUGACUCUGACGGCAGCAUUGCGUCAUGGGAGCUGCGAGUAGAAGGGAAGUUGCUUGACGAUCCGGGGAAACAGAAGAAGAAGUUCUCUUCGUUUUUUAAGAGCCUGGUGAUCGAGCUGGACAAAGACCUGUACGGUCCUGACAACCACUUAGUCGAGUGGCACCGCACACCCACCACCCAGGAGACGGAUGGCUUCCAGGUGAAGAGGCCCGGAGACGUGAGCGUGCGCUGCACUCUGCUGCUGAUGCUUGACUACCAGCCACCGCAGUUCAAGCUGGACCCUCGCCUGGCUCGCCUGCUCGGCAUUCACACUCAGACUCGCUCCUGCAUCAUCCAGGCUCUGUGGCAGUACGUCAAGACCAACAAGCUGCAGGACUCCCAUGACAAGGAGUACAUCAACUGUGACAAGUACUUCCAACAGAUUUUUGACUGCCCGCGGCUGAAGUUCUCAGAGAUCCCUCAGCGUCUCACCAACCUCCUUCUGCCCCCGGACCCCAUCGUCAUCAACCACGUUAUCAGCGUGGACCCCAAUGACCAGAAGAAGACGGCAUGCUACGACAUUGAUGUGGAAGUGGAGGACCCCCUGAAGAGCCAGAUGAGCAGCUUCCUCCUCUCCACCGCCAACCAGCAGGAAAUCGCCUCACUCGACAACAAGAUUCACGAGACCAUCGAGUCCAUCAACCAGCUGAAGAUCCAGAGGGACUUCAUGCUCAGUUUCUCCAGAGAUCCCAAGGGCUACAUCCAGGACUGGCUCAAAUCUCAGAGCAGGGACUUAAAGUUAAUGACAGACGUGGUGGGGAACCCUGAGGAGGAGAGGAGGGCUGCGUUUUACCACGAGCCUUGGUCUCAGGAGGCCGUCAGCCGCUAUUUCUACUGCAAGAUCCAGCAGAGGAGGCAGGAGCUGGAACAGGCCUUAGCUGUCCGCAACACCUAAACCAAGGCCCUCCUGCACCUCUGCAUCAGAGCCGUGUGUGUGUGUGUGUGUGUGUGUGUGUGUGUGUGUGUGUGCGUGUGCGUGUGUGUGUGUGUGUGUGUGUGAGUGUGUGAGGCCAUCGCUGUAGUCUGCUGAAACCUAAUACCUCUCAAAGUGUCAGUAACUUCAAACAAACGCAGCCUUUGUCUUUGUGAUGGCGAUUGAAUUUCUAUGGUUUUGAAAAGAUUCGAGUAAGGAGGUUUCCACAAGCCGGCAGCGAUGUGCAUGUAUGGAAGACAGACCUCCGACGCUCGUGCUCGCUCACUGUGUUUGUGUGUUAUUCUUUUGUGCCGGGCCGUGAGGACACCGUUGCUUAUCGCAUGUUUUAAGCCGUCAGAGGUCGACAUCCUCCGCCUCACUGCCGGAUAAACGACGCUCAUCAUCACUCACCGCUUUGUAAAUACUAGCAAACCCCCCCCCCCGUCUCUCCGUGUCAAGUCAAACCCACCUGACUGCUCUGGAUACUCGGACCUGGUGUCACAUUUUUAUUUUCUUAAUCAUUUUUCCGGGGAGGUUUGAUUGUUGGUGUGCCCGUGUGUGUUUUCAUUUGUUCUCAUGAGGAGAGUGUUUUUGAAACACUGAGUAAUUACACCAGCAAAGUGGAGGUGGCAGUGGGACACAUUGGGCAGUUGCGGGGAAUCAAUGAUAUCAAUAAACCUGAGAUUUUCAUUUUCAGGUUUGAAUGAAUCAGUUUGACGACAACCAACGUGUCUCACUCAAGUCUUAUUCGCCAGUAAACGGAUUUCUCUUUUUACAGCGACAGUAUUAGAUGAGUUAACUGUUAGUAUUAUCGCAUGAGCAGAUCCAUGUCUGUGUUUUAAUGAAGGACAGAACAAGUAUUGAUCAUUGUCACACUAUCUUUUCUUCCCUUAGUCAAAACAAAAUGUCUCCUGUACGUGUUGAGACUCACUGCCUCUUCCUUGUGUCGUAUUUUUGCCAGUUAAUGGUUUGAAGGUUUUACCAAAGGUUGCAACGAGAGGAAGAGAACGCGAUCACUGAAACGGAAAUGGGCAAAAAUCCAGAUCUGGUUUUUAGUUGAAAUUGCAAAGAGAAAGAAAAACGUUUUGGCUGGCUUAAAGAAUUUACUCCCAAAAGUUCUUUUAAACAAACUCAGUAGAGCUCAAACCUCCGCCAAGGCCCAAAAGAGCCUUUGAAUUAAAUCAAGCUGCACCAAAUUUCGCACGAUUAUUUUGUAUUAAUGAGUUAUUCCCUGGGAAAUUGAUGAUGUUCUCUUUGUCCAGAUUUGUACUGACAUUGAAUGGCUUUCCUCGUGGCUCAGGUCCCAUCCUUCCACCAAGUUUCAUGGAAAUCCAUUCAAUAGUUUUGUUCUGCAGAGAUCACUUCCUUGGCGGAGGGAACAAUAAUUGCAAUAAACACUUAAAAAGCCCUGGUUUGAAGCUUUGUCCAUUUCUACACUUUUUUAUUGUUACAUGAAGAUUUUCUUUUCUAGAGAUGUGAAUGUAAAUAUGUUGUUUUCCCUUCAGAGGGCCGACUGUACAGUACACAACAGAUUAUUUGUGAGUGUUUGGUUUGUUUUGGGGGAUUUUGGGAUGGAUGUGGUGGGCGGGUGGGGUGAGUAACAUGGUGCAGGAUGGGAGCUCCAGAAGUUUUGAAUUAGUAGAGCAGGAAUGUUAGCGUUCCUCUGUGUCCUCUCACGGGUCGGGGUGGUUUAUUUUAGGUCCAUCUUGUUUAUCGUGGGAGCUGAGGGAGACCUCCCUCGCUCUCAACCCCAUCCAUUAGCUGUAACACACGAUAUAAUCCACACCACCUCACGUUACACUUCUUUUCUAACACGACACACGACCUGUACGUAUACGUUGUAAUGUCAGAUGGAGGAUUUCUUCUCAGCAGUCAGUUUCUAGCUGGAACCUUGUCUGGGUUUCUUUGCACUGUGCUGUAACUGCUUUUUUUGUUUUAAUCCCAGCAAACACUAAACGUGAUUGGACGAUUUCACAAAGACCUAUGCAUGCUCCGUGGACAUUCAGUAAUACAGCUAAUGAGACGGUUUGUGUAAAUAUAUGAAAAGGAAGCUGGCAUAGCAGUCUGUGUGAAGACUCGUUGAAAUGCCUUCUGGGAACCUUUUUGCCAAAAAUGAUGUGCCCUACCAGCAACUAACUGUAGGUGUGAUUUUACUUUCUCGUCUGUGUUUUUGUUACUAGGUCUAAGUUAUAUUAACUGCACUCAUUAGAGGAGGAACAGUAGUCGGUGGUAGUAUUUUAGUCCUGUGUCGAACCCAGAGUGACUUUUCUUUGUAUGGCCAGGGCAUUCACUUUGUCGUCACUGAAUCACUAGCACCUUCCUGUGGAGGAAACUCGACGCUGCAGCUCCUCAGCAGUGAGCAGCACAGUACCAGGAUAUUAUCUGACUUAUUAUGACUACUGUGUCUCCUGUUACUGAAGCCUGGUGACCUGUCGACAUGUUCGUCAUGGCCCCCUGCAUGUGUUCUCUCUCUCUGUUUACACUGAGGGUCACCGACAGGAUGAUUAGGGUAUACACGCGUAACACUGUAUAUCGGUAAAGAGCAGAACUUGUUUGGUGAUUUACAUUCAACGAAAAGACGAGGAGGGGAGAAAAAAAGGGAAAACAGCUGUGACAUUGUGAGACAGCCUGGAUGUAAAUAAAGAAGCGCUUGCCAAAGUUUGUAAAUGC